UCAUGGAAGGAGCAAUUUAUUGAAGCACUUACAGUGAAUCCCGGCGAUGAUGAUGGUGGUGAAGAGGGCGAUGAAGAAGGCGUGGCAUCAACACCAUCCUGUUUCGAUUACGUAAUGCAUUUCUUAACAUUAUUCUGGAAAAUCUUAUUUGCAUUCAUCCCACCAACAGAUAUUGCCGGCGGUUAUUUAUGUUUCGUUGUAUCGAUAUUUUGCAUUGGUGUGGUCACCGCUGUUAUUGGUGAUAUUGCCUCAUAUUUCGGUUGUACGUUGGGCGUUAAAGAUGCCGUCACUGCCAUUUGUUUUGUUGCUUUGGGUACAAGUAUACCAGAUACAUUUGCCAGUAAAGUAGCUGCCAUACAAGAUAAAUACGCUGAUGCUAGUGUGGGUAAUGUAACCGGUAGUAAUGCUGUAAAUGUCUUCCUUGGCAUUGGUGUUGCGUGGUCUUUAGCUGCCAUUGUACAUGAAGCAAAGGGCACCGUCUAUGCUGUAGAACCAGGAACUAUUGCCUUUUCUGUAACACUUUUCUGUUCGGAAGCUUUAAUUGCCAUUCUUAUAUUGUUGCUGAGACGUAGUAAAAAGGUGGGCGGUGAAUUGGGUGGUCCCAGAAACAUCAAAAUUGUUAGCAGUAUUAUAUUGUUCAGCUUAUGGGUCAUUUAUUUGCUGGUAAGCACAUUGGAAGCAUAUGGAGUUAUUCAUGGAUUCUAAGCAGCAGCAACAUCUCUUAAAUAAAACAACACCCCAGCAUCUUAUAACUAACAUCAGCAUCAAUAAUAGCAGAAAUAGAAAAAUAUUAUGAAACUAAAAAGCGAAUUAACAUCAAUGAAAACUACAACAACAACAACAAAAACCAGCAUUACUAUUUGUAACAACUUUUUUUAUAUAUAAACAUAAACAUAAUAAUAUACAUUUCACUACUAUUACAUACAACAAAAACCCAAAAACCAAAAAUGAGAAUAUAUACUAAAACUAGUAAACAUUUAAAACAUAAAAAAAAACAAAAACAAAAAACACAAGCUAACUUAACUUAACUACUAUUACUUAGAGUUACUUAAUGUUAGAUUUUAAACUAAAUACUAAAUUUUUUGAGUCUAAAACUAAAAGAACCAAAAACAAAAAAUUUUCUUUUUUAUAACUUUUUCUUAAGUCCAAACCAAAAAACAAAUCAUUAAUAUCUAUCAACUGUAAACGAGUCACACAGAAUUUAAUAUAAAAUUCAAUUGUUUAAAAAAAAAGUAACAAAUAAUUAGCAAAGCUAAUAAAGAAAUUUAAAAUUAUAUUAAUUCUAGCUUAAAAUUUUGUGAAAGAAAGAAAAAUAGAAAAUAUUUAAGUUGUAUUUAAGAAGCAUAAUUUAAUACCAGGAGUUUGUAAAAGUUUAGCAACAUUUGUUAAUGUUGCUAGGUUUUCAGCAACAUUGUAGGGAACAAAUUUAAAGCGAGAAAUAAGUAAACAAGCAGAAAACUAUGUUAGUUUUCGGUUAAAAUUUAAAGAUUUAAUAUAUAAAAUGUUGAGCAACAAUUCAAUUACAUUAGUUUUGCAACAUGUCUGUUAGAUUUGUAUUUGAUGCAGAUUUAGAACAGUUAUUUGAAAAAUUAUAAAAAAAAAUAUUAUCUCUUCCGUAGUGUCUCAAACCUUAUAAACUUGUUGCUGCAGCAAGUUGUAGUCCCAUUUUUUAGCAAUAUAGUUUGGUAACAUAUAAGACCGAAAAAUAAUUGGAACAAAACAAUCAAUUUUGUUUUAUAAUUUUUAAAUUUUUAAUAUUUUUUUAUAAUUGUAAACAAUUUUAAAUAUGUGGAGUUUUUGUUUAAAAAGCUUUUAAAAAUUUUUCAUGUUAUUAUUUUGAAAAAUUUUUAAAGAAAACUUUAUAAUUUUCAUUUCAUUCUGUGCUUUAAGGUAAAACAUUUUAAACAAGUUGCCAGCAACAUUUGAAGAUUGAGUUAAAAUGUUAAGAAUUUAAACUUAACAAUUAGAAUAUUUUUCCAUAAGAAAUUGUAUUGAAAACCGCUAAAGAAACUAGAAGUAGAAAUGUUGCAGUUUUUGUAUCAACAUUGUUGAGCAACAAAAUUUGAAACAAGCCCUAUUGUCAACUCAAUACAGGAGAAUUUUAAGAACAUUUUGUAUAAAAAUUCUUUUAAUUUAGAUAUUUUUAUAAAAUUGUAUUAUUUUCAAAAUGUUUUUAAUUAAGAAAAUGUAAUCAACAUGUGGCCAGCAACUUGUUUAACCAACAAAUUUAACAACUAUUUAGCAACUAUUAAUAUGGAAACUUAUAUCGUAAUAAUUUAUAAGGAUUCAAUAAAUGUUAAAGGCUUUUUCUUUUUUAUUCCUAAAAAAUUGUUGCCAGCAACACUUCAACAAGCUUUAAAAGUUUUAAGGAAAUAAAAUUUCUAAAUUAAGAAUUUUAAUUAAACAAAAGUUGCUAAACAAGGUUUAUUAAAUCGAAAUAAACGAAGUGUUCAAACACUCUAAAUGUUAGUUAAAUAAUCAAACUAGUAAAAAUAUUAAAUCUAGUUAAAAUUCUUUAAAAAAAUAUUUACAAAUUUUAAAACUUGAGAAAAUGUUGCUAAACAUUGUUGAUUUAAAGUGUAUAAACUUUGUUUAAAGUUUUAACAUUUAAUUUUAAACCCGAAUUUUAUAAUAAAAUUUUAUAAAAUAUUAAUAUAUCUUUUUUAAAAUUUAGGAAGUUUCUCGCUUAUACCAGCAACAUUUCAAACGUUGCUAAACAAAACCUAAAAAACAUACUCAUAAUAAAACUCCUUGUAUUAAACUAAUACUUUUCUUUUUUUUUAACCUUACAACUUAAAGAAAUCUUUUCAAAUCAAACUAAUUUGUCAUGCUCUGUUUUUAUAAAAGUUAACCUCAAAAAAAAAACAUGUAAAGAAAUGUCAAAGAAAUUGUGUAUAGUAAAUUUUAUCUCUUGUCAUUCUGCUAAAAAAGCAAAAUUUAAACAAACAGCAAAAAACUUUUUUAACAUAAAAAUAAUUGUGUAUUUUUAAUUAAAUAUAAACAAUAAUUUAAAAAAAUUAAUUUAAAGAAAAAACAAGAAAAAACUUUAUAAUUAUAUAGAAAAAAAAGAAAAACUUUUUAUUACUCCCAAACCAAAAACAAAAGAGAAUUUAAACAAUUUAUUAUAAUAAUAUAUUUAAAAAAAAAACUUUUUUUGUGUAAUUUAAGUUAUAGCUAAAAGAAAAAAAAUAUGUUAUUUUUCUAAAUAAAUUUUUCAUAAUUUUUUUCAGUUUAAUAUAUUGUAUAGAGCAAAUUAUUAUUAUUUAUUAUUUCCUUAAUUUGUUAAUAAUUCUUUUUUUUUUUUUUUUGUUUUGUAUUUAUUUCUAUUUACUGUUUUGUUAAUAAAAUAUUUAUAAAAAAAAAAUUAAUCAAAAAAAGACAGGAAUCUUUAAAGUUAUUUAAAUUAUAGCUAAUUCUUGUAGUUAAAUGUUAAACAUUGCCAGAAACAUGUUGCAGAACAUUUUUUUAAGCAACAUGUUUAUUUACAGCUAAAGUUUAAGAAAACAUUUCAGUAUCUUUGUGAAUUGACAAAAAAAAAUCUAGAAAAUUUCUGUAAUUUUUUUAAAAAACUUAACUCAUGUUUAUAAUUAUUCAAACAUUUUGUUUAUAUACAAUGUUUACAAACAUAAAUUUGAAAUUUUCAAAAACAUUUUAAAAUUCAGGUUCAGUUAUUGCAAAAAAAAAAAGAUUUCAAUUUAAGUUUUAAGACUUUUUGUAUUAGAGGAACUUUAAUUUGUAAUAUUUCUCUUAAAAAACUUUAAUUAAAAAAUGUCUUUUAAGAUCCCUUUUUAAUUUCCCCAUCAGAAGUUUAAAUCUAUGAGUUGUAAAAAACUUUUACUCAAAAAGUUUUAAAUAAAAACAAUUUUGUAAAAUAUUAUAAAUAUUAAAACUAUUAUUUUUCACAAAUAUAAACAGAUUUCAAAACAUUUUUUUCUUUAUAAAAAAUAUUAAUGAAAUCGAUUUCUAAAUAAAGUUUUUUCAAGAUUUCUCAGGAAUUCUGGAUUGUAACAGAAAUUCUAGAAAUCUAAAGAAGAAGAAAAUAGUUUUCAAGCCCCAUUUUCACAACAAAAUAUUACAAACAAAAUUCAAAAACUAAAAUAAAUACUUUAAACAAAACAUAAAGAUAAAAUCUAAAAUUAAAUUUUCAAAUAAAAUUUCAUAAUUUUUUUUAUUAAUUUAAAUAAUUUUACUGGUUCCUGUUGAUUUAAUUUUAAUAUUUUUUUCUUUCAAUUUAUUCUUUAAGAAAUUUAAAAAAUGAAAUUAAUCCUUAAACUAAACAUACUUGCCAUUACAUUUAAUUUUUAAACAUAAUUUAGCAACGAAACAAAUGUUUGUACUUUAUAUUUCUUAAUAAAUUUAAAACUAAAAAAAAAAACAAAAUAAUAAAAUAAAAUAAAUUGUUACAACAAGUGAUGGUUCCAAAACAAAUAAUUGCUAAUGUAAAAUGCUAUUAAAUUUUAAUUAAAAUAAAAAAACAAAAU